UCGUCUCACUCCAAAAAUUCGUAAACAACUCGCGAAAAUCUUCAAAAAAAAUCGAAUUUCAGGCUAUUUCCCUUAAAAUUUCGAGCUUAAAAUGGACACAGAUCACGAAGACAUUGCCCAAUUGAUUGCUGAAGGCACUUAUUCUCAAGAUGAAUUAGAAGGCUUCGCGAUCAAUUCCGAUGACUCCAGCGAACGGAUUCAAGGUCAACCUUUGAGAGAACAAGAUCGAUUCUUGCCCAUUGCUAACAUCACAAAAAUCAUGAAAAAAGCCAUUCCAGACAACGGAAAGGUUGCCAAAGAUGCUCGGGAAUGCGUUCAAGAGUGCGUCAGUGAGUUCAUUUCGUUCAUCACGAGUGAAGCAAGUGAUCGAUGUCAUCAGGAAAAGCGCAAAACCAUCAAUGGAGAGGAUAUUUUGUUCGCAAUGUGCAGUUUGGGCUUUGAUAAUUACAUUGACCCGUUGAAGAUGUACUUGCAAAAGUAUCGAGAGUGCACAAAAACGGAAAAACAGAAUAUUGAGGCUUCGUAUUCCACGGGAAUGAGCUCGACGACGUACGAAACGAUAGAUGGGAACGGGUUGGAUGUGAAUGCGACAGCAGAACAGCUUCAGUUGCAGUUUUACCCGCAGGGAUCAACUUCGGGAAAUCAAUUUUAGAUAUAAGGAGCUACGUUUUUUUUUAGGGAAUAAAGAAUAAAAAGUUA